ACUCGUAGCGUUCUUUUCUCAACGAGCACGUGUGGCGACUGGUAAUGUCCGCAAGAGCAAGAGUGUAGAAUAAUAUGUAACAAUAUGUCGGAAACUUCAGAAGACGAACAAGCGCAUGGGGAAACAACCGAGGAAGAGAUAAGUGAUGAGGAAGAAAUUGAAGAUGACGCAGAAGCUGACGGUGAAAAUGCUGAAGAUCAAGACUCUAGUGACCCUGAUGAAUCCGAAGAAACUGAGGCUCCCAAAUGCGAACAGCUGCAGACCUGGAAAGAACUUGGACUUAACGAAACUUUAUGCAAAGCAUGCGAAGAGCUGAAAUGGAAGGCGCCCUCGAAAAUUCAAAAGGAAGCAAUACCUGUUGCGCUGCAGGGCAAAGACAUCAUUGGCCUGGCGGAAACCGGCUCAGGCAAAACGGGAGCAUUUGCCUUGCCCAUUUUACAUGCAUUGCUCGAGAAUCCACAGCGUUAUUUUGCGCUGGUGCUGACGCCCACGCGUGAAUUGGCUUUUCAAAUAGGUGAACAGUUCGAAGCACUGGGUAGCGGCAUCGGCAUCAAAUGUUGUGUGGUAGUCGGUGGCAUGGAUAUGGUGGCACAGGGCUUGCAGCUGGCAAAGAAACCGCACAUAAUAAUUGCUACGCCCGGGCGUCUGGUGGAUCAUCUGGAGAACCUGAAGGGCUUUAAUUUGAAAGCUAUUAAGUACUUGGUCAUGGACGAGGCGGAUCGCAUACUUAAUAUGGAUUUCGAGGUAGAGCUAGACAAGAUAUUAAAGGUUUUACCGCGCGAGCGUCGCACAUUUCUGUUUAGCGCCACGAUGACGAAGAAGGUUAAAAAGCUACAGCGCGCAUCUCUUAAAGAUCCUGUCAAAGUGGAAGUAUCCAACAAAUACCAAACAGUAGAUCAGCUGCAACAGUACUACAUCUUCAUACCAGUUAAAUACAAGGAUGUGUAUCUCGUGCAUAUACUCAACGAAUUGGCAGGCAACAGCUUCAUGAUCUUUUGCAGCACCUGUAACAAUACUGUUAAGACCGCGCUAAUGCUGCGCGCCCUAGGAUUGGCUGCUAUUCCGCUACAUGGUCAGAUGUCUCAGAAUAAACGUUUAGCUGCUCUGAACAAAUUCAAGGCGAAGAAUCGCUCCAUAUUGAUAUCAACAGAUGUAGCUUCGCGUGGUCUCGACAUUCCUCACGUCGAUGUGGUUGUCAAUUUUGAUAUACCCACGCACAGCAAGGACUAUAUACAUCGCGUUGGGCGCACUGCGCGUGCCGGUCGGUCUGGUCAAGCCAUUACUAUGGUCACUCAGUAUGACAUUGAGCUGUACCAGCGCAUUGAGCAAUUGUUGGGCAAGCAGUUGCCGCUCUACAAAUGCGAGGAGGACGAGGUGAUGGCGCUGCAAGAACGCGUCGCCGAAGCGCAACGCACGGCCAAGCUGGAGCUGAAAGAUCUAGAAGAUAGCAAAGGCUAUAAGGGCAGCAAAGGCAAUAAACGCGCUGCUCCUGGUGAUAUUGAUGACUCCGAGCAGUUUACAGGCGCGCGGAAGCGCAUGAAACCCAUGGGCAAGGGAGCAGCGGGAGGUGGCCGCGGCGGUGGCGGUGCUAAAAAGAACUGGAAUCGGGGCAAAAAGAAAAACUAG